UUUUUCUUUGACGGAUCUGGGUCUGUGGGGUUCACUUUCUCCAGUCCUAGAAGCGGAGUGAGCACCGUCAAAAUAAACAGCCGAUAAAAUGGAGGCACUUAAAAUGUUUCCCGGGUUUGAGUGGAUGGACGGCGGAACUAUUUUGAUAUUUCUGUGUGUUUUUGUGUUGUUGGCUGAUAUUUUGAAGAACAGAGUACCGUCAAACUUUCCUCCUGGACCGAUGGCUCUUCCUAUAAUCGGUGAUCUUCAUCGUAUCAGGCCUAGCAGGAUCCACCUGCAGUUCAAAGAGUUUGCAGAGAAGUAUGGGAAAAUUUUCAGCCUGCGGCUUUUUGGUGGACGAGUUGUGGUCAUCAAUGGCUACAAGUUUAUGAGGGAGGCCCUGGUUGAAAAAGGGGAGGACUUCAUUGAUCGCCCCGUCAUACCACUUUUUGAAGCAAUGAUGGGUGAUAAGGGUCUGGUAUUAACAAAUGGCAAUGUUUGGAAGCAACAGAGGAGAUUUGCUCUCCAUACGCUCAGAAACUUUGGAGUGGGCAAGAAAACCUUGGAGCCAUCCAUCCAGCAUGAGUGUCAUUAUCUCACUGAGGCUUUUGCUGAUCAUCAAAGCCAGCCUUUUUAUGCUUAUUCACUGAUCACCGGUGCUGUGUCCAACGUCAUCAACUGCCUGGUGUUUGGAGAACGCUACGAGUACAGUGACAAACAGUACCAGAUUAUCCUUCAGCACUUCAAACAGGUUCUCUUCUUACAGGGAACUUCAAGUGUGCAGAUUUAUAACUCACUACCCUGGCUGAUGAAGUGGCUGCCUGGAUCUCACCAAACAAUUAUAACUGUGUUCAAAAAGAUUGCUGACUUUGUAGAAAUCAAAAUCAAAGAACACAGAGAAACUUUUAACCCCUCCUCACCAAGAGACUACAUCGACUGCUUCCUUGCAGAGAUGGGUGAGAGGGAGGACAAAGAUUCUGGUUUUGAUAUUGAGGGUUUGUGUGCUUGCGCUCUGGACCUGUUUGGUGCUGGAACUGAAACGACUACAACCACUUUAAAUUGGGGACUGCUUUACAUGAUCUACUACCCUCAGAUACAAGAGAAAGUCCAGGCUGAGAUAGAUGCUGUCAUUGGUUCAUCCAGAGGACCUUCACUGAAUGACAGGGAAAACAUGCCAUAUACUAACGCUGUCGUCCAUGAAAUCCAAAGAAUGGCGGAUAUCGUUCCCCUUAAUGUGGUCCGCAUGGCAUCCAAGGACACCACACUGGACAAGUACUCGAUCCCAAAGGGCACCAUUAUCAUGCCCACCCUGAACUCAGUUCUACAUGAUGAGACCAUGUGGGAAACUCCACACACCUUCAACCCUCAACACUUCCUGGAUCAAGAUGGCAAAUUUAGGAAGAGGGAUGCCUUCCUUCCUUUUUCAACAGGGAAGCGUGUUUGCCUCGGGGAGCCGCUGGCCAAGAUGGAAAUAUUCCUCUUUUUCACUUCACUUCUUCAGAGGUUUUCUUUCUGUGCUGCUGAUGGAGAACAGCCCAGUCUGGAUUACGAUUUAGGUUUCACUCGCAAAACCAAACCUUACCGUCUCUGUGCUUUGGCAAGAUCUAAUGUGAUGAAGUUAAAAAUCAAGCUAGCACAAAUAAACUUACUGAUGGAGAUAAUUAAAAGGUUACUCGUGUUUGAGUGGAUGGACUACUUUAGUAUUUUGAUAUUUUUAUUUGUUUUCGUGUUAUUGACCGAUGUUUUGAAGAACAGAGUGCCGAAGAACUUUCCUCCUGGACCGUGGGCUCUUCCACUGAUCGGUGAUCUUCAUCGCAUCGACCCAGGCAAGAUUCAUCUGCAGUUCACUAAGUUUGCAGAGAAAUAUGGAAACAUUUUCAGCCUGCGGCUCUUUGGUGGACGAGUGGUAAUCCUUAACGGCUACAAGAGCAUGAGGGAGGCCCUGGUCCUAAAAGGGGAGGACUAUGUAGAUCGCCCACUUGUACCACUUUUUGAAGCAAUGAAUGAGAAUAGAGGUCUCUUGUUAACAAAUGGCAAUCUGUGGAGGCAACAGAGGAGAUUUGCUCUUCAUACUCUCAAAAACUUUGGAGCAGGCAAGAAAACCCUGGAGCCAUCCAUCCAACUGGAGUGUCAAUAUCUCAUUGAUGCUUUUGCGGAUCAGCAAGGCCAGCCUUUUAAUGCCCAGGACCUAAUAAAUAAUGCUGUAUCCAACAUCAUCUGCUGCCUGGUGUUUGGAGAUCGCUUUGAAUACACUGAUGAGCAGUUCCAGAGUAUUCUUGAAGAUUUCAAAGAGACUAUGUACUUACAAGGAGGUUUUUGGGCACAGAUGUUUAAUAUGUUACCCUGGCUGAUGAAGUGGCUGCCUGGACCUCAUCAGAAGAUUUUCAUCAUGUAUCGAAGGAUUAGUGACUUUGUGAAAGUUAAAAUCAAAGAACACCAAGAAAGCUUUGACCCAUCCUCACCAAGAGACUACAUCGACUGCUUCCUCACAGAGAUGGGAGAGGUGAAGACUUUCUGUUUAUUGUGUUUGUUCCUGAUUUUCUGAGUUUCAUCUCAGAUAUCUAUCUUGUACAAUGGCUCAUAUUGUUUUCUGUUUUCACUUUACACAGAGAAAGUCCAUGCUGAGAUUGACACUGUCAUUGGCUCAUCCAGACUACCCUCACUAAAUGACAGGGAAGACAUGCACUAUACUAACGCUGUGGUUCAUGAAAUCCAAAGAAUGGCGGACAUCCUUCCAAUAAAUGUGGUCCGCAUGACAUCCAAGGACACUACACUGGACAAGUACUCGAUCCCAAAGGGCACCAUUAUCCUUUCCACCCUGAGCUCAGUUCUACAUGAUGAGACCAUGUGGGAAACUCCACACACCUUCAACCCUCAACACUUCCUGGAUCAAGAUGGCCAGUUUAGGAAGAGAGAUGCCUUCCUUCCUUUUUCAGCAGGGAAGCGUUUGUGCCUUGGGGAGCAGCUGGCCAAGAUGGAAAUAUUCCUCUUUUUCACUUCACUUCUUCAGAGGUUUUCUCUCUCUGCGCCUGAUGGAGAACAGCCCAGCCUGGAUUACGUUUUAGGAUUCAGUCGCACUCCCAAACCUUACCACCUCUGUGCUGUACCACAUUAGCACGCAAAAUCACGUGUCUGUUGAGGGGAUUUCAUUGUCAAUGUUGCAUAAGGUGGGCACAGUUAACCACAUUAAUUGACAUUAAACUUGCUGACAGUUGACAGUGUGCCUCCAGACCAUCAGUGCUUUUGCUUCUGAUUAUUGUAUUUUUAUUUACACUGCUUCUUUAAGUAUUAAUCAUGCUAUGCGUGAUAUAUAUUUUGACCAUGUAAAACUGUAUCGAGAUCCAGCUGCAAUCUUCACAUCCUUCAGACCACCAACAAAAAAGUAAUGAUUUGUAGAGUCAUUUAACUUUGCAUUUACAUAUAUUGACUUUAAAACAAUGUUAGCAUCAACUGAUUAAUUUCAAGUUUUGAUGCCUAAUACUUUUUGCCCUCUCAUUGAAAAAAAUGACUUUUCCUCACUCAUGCCAAUUGAUUAAAAUGGUCAGUUCUAAAAAAUAACUAUAUUCAUCACGCAUUAAAGAACAGGGAAGAUGUUUUUUAAAAGCUGAUUAAGAGAUAUUUAGAUCUUUUGUGUUUAGUACAAUGGUCCUGGUUGAGGGUUCAAUUCCUGGUCCUGGUACUGUGUGAUGCAUGUCUUCCCCCCUCUCUUUCAUGUUUCUUCAGCUUUC